AAUUUUUUUGUCUGUAUAUCAUUACUCCUAUUAAAGCGAUAAAAACAUAAAGAAAGCACCUGUCUGUUCAUCAAUUGGUCAGCUCUUUCAAGCAUUUUGGGACAAAUUUCCAACUUUCAAUCGACAAACCGCAGGAUUCUCUCUCAUUGCUCCUUGGUUCACCGCACUCUUUGGAAUCCUACCCAAAAUCUGUCUCUCUCUCUAACUCUUUGUCUCUCAUAUAUGGGUUGUAUAUGUUGGUUUCUGGUUCUGACUCUGUUACUACACAUCCCCGUAUCCAUAUCUUCAUUCACAUCCGAUCUAUUCGACGCUUGGUCUCAACAAUAUGGCAAAAAAUACUCUUCAGACCAAGAAAAGUUGUUCAGACUGAGAGUGUUCCAAGACAACUAUGCAUAUGUUAGUCAUCACAACACAAUGACUAAUUCCUCUUAUACCCUCUCUCUAAAUGCCUUGGCUGAUCUCACCCAUCACGAGUUCAAAGCCUCACGCUUGGGUCUCUCUUCACGACCAGCUAAUAGAUUCAAUUCUGGGUCAUCCCGAAAGGGGUAUACUGAAGUUCCUGCUUCACUAGAUUGGAGGAAGGAUGGAGCAGUCACUCAUGUCAAAGACCAGGGCAGUUGUGGUGCUUGUUGGUCAUUCUCAGCCACAGGAGCAAUUGAAGGUAUUAAUAAAAUUGUUACUGGAUCUCUUGUCAGCCUGUCUGAACAAGAGUUGGUCGAUUGUGACAAAUCUUACAAUAGUGGCUGUGGGGGUGGACUCAUGGAUUAUGCAUAUGAAUUUAUUACAAAAAAUCAUGGGAUUGACACCGAGGAAGAUUAUCCCUAUCAAGGUGGGGAAAGGUCAUGCAAUAAGCAGAAGCUUAAAAGACACGUAGUAACAAUUGACGGUUAUGCUGAUGUACCCUCUAAUAAUGAGAAACAGUUAUUAGAAGCUGUGGCAACUCAACCUGUAAGUGUAGGUAUAUGUGGCAGUGAGAGAGCAUUUCAAUUGUACUCGAAGGGAAUAUUCACUGGGCCGUGCUCAAAUUCUCUGGAUCAUGCUGUAUUGAUUGUGGGGUAUGGUUCAGAAAAUGGAGUCGAUUAUUGGAUCGUGAAGAAUUCUUGGGGAACACAUUGGGGAAUGGAUGGUUAUAUUCAUAUGCUACGUAACGGUGGCAAUUCUGAAGGGCUCUGUGGGAUCAACAUGAUGGCUUCUUAUCCAACUAAGACCAGUCCAAAUCCACCGCCCCCUCCUUCCCCAGGUCCCACUAGAUGUGAUAUUUUUACCUCUUGUUCAGAAGGUGAAACCUGCUGCUGUAUGUGGCACCUUCUUGGUAUAUGUUUUUCAUGGAAAUGUUGUGAGUUGGAUUCUGCAGUGUGUUGUAAGGACCACCGUCACUGUUGUCCUCAUGAUUACCCAAUUUGCGAUACUAAAAGGAAUCAGUGUCUAAAGCAAACUGGUAAUAGUACGAUUGUGAAAGGGCUUGAAAAGAUGAGAUCUUUCAGGAAGUCAGAUAGCUGGAGUUACCUUCUGGAGGCUUGGAUGUAAAGAACUGCCAUUUGUACUUGUGAGUUAUUUUUAUUUCUGAUACUAUACUCAUGUACCAGUUGUAUCCUUUACCACAGAAAGGAAAGACUAUGAACCAAGAUUGAAAUUAUUUACUAUUCUUGUACACAACCGGCAAAUACAUUAAUUAUAAAAUUUUUGGGUCCAUUUGUGAUAAACAUUGAUAGAAGUUGCAGCUCAUGUAAUGCUGCUUCUUGAACUUGAAAAUAUUUAUUGUUUUAUACGCAUGGAAGGAUAGAACUUAAAUUUGGAA